AUGAAGUCUUUACGAAAAAAAACCAUUCGCACACCUGAAAACGUCGCUGCCGUUAGGGCCGCUCUCAUAAAUAGUCACAAACGUUCUGCACGAAAACAUGCGUUAUCGUUAAAUUUGUCCAGUAAAAGCCUGCGUCGGAUUUUACACAGCGACAUAAACUAUCACCCGUAUAAGGUGCAGGUGAUUCAAGAAUUAAAACCUGCAGAUCUCUAUAGCCGCACGACUUUUCGCCGAGAAACGCUAACCCGGAUGGAUGAAAACGAAAACUCGAUUCAAAAUGUUUCCAAAAAUGGUGAUAUUCAUUGGCCGCCUCGAUCACGUGGUUUAUCAGUAUGCGAUUUCUUUUUGUAAGGGUAUUUAAAAAGUAUACCUUUAUGUACAGAAACCUCGAAAUAUUGAUGAAUUAAAAACCAAAAUUAAAGAAGAACUCGCCAGUACACCUUUGGAAGUGAUACGCCGUGUAGUGAAAAAUAUACGAAGUAGGGCAGAAGAGUGCUUGAGAAUAGAUGGCCAUCAUCUUGAGAACAUAAUUUUUAGAAAAUAA